CUGUCCAAUUCAAUAAUAACGAGAUGCUCACGAGCUAGACGCUAGCCAGUUCUCUACGACGUGCCCGCGACGCUUGUAACCAGUUCCAACGAGGCGAACGUGAAAUAAUCGCAUGUCGCGUAUUUCACGGUUAACUUACAGUUUAAACAUCGGUCAAGCUACUCGUAGAUUUUUGUUAAUUAAACGCCGGUCGGUAAACCUCCGCAACGAACAUUUAUUUCCGGGGGUGCAACAUUAGGCAACGAAGGAUUCAUCGGUCGGAAAGGGACGUUCUCAGGAUUAUAUUUCACGUGCGAGCUUACAGUCCACUAGGCUCUCACGUCCGAUAGAUUCUGCGAGGGUAAACGAGCUGAUUAAAUAUUUGUCAAAAUGCCAGCUCAGUCCGAAAGUGCAAACAGUCCCAUCGUAAGGGAACCGACUAUAAUGAACGGAGACAAUGGCCCGUACAAUGUUCAAGAUGAAGUCGUUAUCAGCGGUUUCUCAGGCCGCUACCCAGAGUCUGAGAACGUAGAAGAAUUUAAGAAUAACUUAUUCGAAGGCAUAGACAUGGUGACUGACGAUGCACGUCGAUGGCCUGCCGGUCUCUACGGUUUGCCUUUGAGAACUGGUAAACUGAAGGAUCUUACAUCGUUCGAUUCCACUUUCUUCGGUGUCCACGCGAAACAGGCUCACGUGAUGGACCCACAAAUGCGUCUGUUCCUCGAAGCGACUUACGAAGCGAUCAUAGACGCUGGUACCAACCCAAACGAGAUUAGGGGAAGCAAAACUGGCGUGUUCAUCGGUGUGUCGACGUCCGAAUCAGAAGAAUUCUGGAGCAAAGAUCCAGAUGAAGUAAACGGAUAUGGAUUAACCGGUUGCAGCAAGUCGAUGUUCGCCAACAGGAUUUCAUACACGUUCGAUUUCAAAGGGCCUAGUUACGCACUGGACACCGCGUGCUCUUCGUCGAUGUACGCGAUGCACCAAGCGAUAUCCGCGAUACGUGCGGGCGAGUGCGACGCAGCGAUCGUCGGUGGUUGCAAUCUAUUACUGAAACCCACCACUUCCCUCCAGUUCCACAGGCUAAGCAUGUUAUCCCCUGACGGCACGUGCAGAGCUUUCGACGCCGACGGCAAGGGCUACGUCAGAUCGGAAGCGGUGUCGGUCUUGUUCCUACAGAAAGCGAAGAACGCACGUAGAAUAUACGCGACCGUUGUACAUUCCAAGACGAAUACGGACGGUAAUAAAGUACAGGGAAUCACGUUCCCCAGCGGAGAAGUACAGAAUCAAUUGUUACGCGAGGUUUACGCGGAAGCUGGUAUCAAUCCCGCCGACGUGUCGUACGUGGAGGCUCACGGGACCGGGACCAAGGCCGGAGACCCUCAAGAAAUCAAUUCGAUCGCGAGCCUCUUCUGCAAGGGUAGAAAAACGCCUCUUUUACUCGGUUCCGUCAAAUCCAACAUGGGCCACUCCGAGGCAGCCAGUGGAGUCUGUUCCGUAUCGAAGCUGCUGAUCGCUAUGGAAGCUGGCAUGAUUCCCGGCAAUCUGCACUUCAAGUCGCCGAACACAGACAUACCAUCGUUGACCGACGGAAGUAUACAAGUCGUGGAUAAGAACACACCAUGGAAAGGUGGCCUCGUAGCUUUGAAUUCCUUCGGUUUCGGCGGUGCCAACGCUCACCUUCUGUUCCGUACCAAUCCGAAACCGAAAUUAUCCCCCGUUCUUGAUAGCAAAAUACCGAAAAUGGUGACGGUGUCUGGUCGCACUGAGGAGGCAGUAGAACUGCUUCUAGCCAAGGCGAAGGAAAACGAGAACGACGACGAAUUCUUGGCACUGCUUCACGAUAUUCAUUCAAGCAACAUCGCCGGUCAUCUCUACCGAGGAUAUGCAGUAAUGGGAAACGUCAACACUCGGGAAGUUAGCUCGAUAACCAGCUCGCAGAAACGUCCGAUUUGGUAUGUGUUCUCCGGAAUGGGAUCCCAAUGGGCAGGCAUGGCCAGAGAGCUACUCUGCAUCGACACAUUCCACAGAAGUUUGCAAAAAUGCGCUGACGCCAUUAAACCGGAAGGAAUCGAUUUAAUGAAUCUUAUUCUAAACGGAACUCCUGACACCUUUGAGAAUGUUUUACACUCGUUCGUCUCGAUCGCCGCUAUCCAAGUGGCUCUCGUGGACUUACUGAGCUUCCUGGGAAUCCAGCCCGACGGUAUCAUCGGACAUUCCGUCGGAGAGUUGGGAUGUGCUUACGCAGACGGUACUUUCACACCGGAGCAAACCGUAGUAGCCGCCUAUUGGAGAGGCAAGUCGAUCCUGGACGCUAAUUUAGAACCGGGAGGUAUGGCAGCUGUAGGUUUGAGUUGGGACCAAGUGGCAGCUCGAUGCCCACCGGAUAUCGUCCCAGCCUGCAACAAUUCCAGCGACUCCGUGACAGUUUCUGGUCCAGUGGAAUCCAUCCGUAAAUUCGCGGAAACGUUGAAGAAGGAGAACAUCUUCGCGAAAGUAGUGCACAGCUCUGGCGUCGCGUUCCACAGCAAAUACAUUUCCCCUGUAGGACCCAGACUCCGUGCCGUCAUGGAGAAGAUCAUUCCAAACCCGAAACCGAGGACCGCAAGAUGGGUGUCCACUUCUAUACCUCACUCAGCCUGGGGAACUCCGUUGGCGCAGUACAGCAGUGCUGCUUACCACGUGAACAAUCUGUUAUCACCGGUGCUGUUCCAUCAGACGCUGUCCCACAUCCCAGAGAAUGCGAUAACCAUCGAAAUCGCGCCUCAUUGUCUGCUUCAAGCAAUCCUCCGUAGAUCGUUGGACCCGUCCGUGGUCAACAUCGGCCUACACAAGCGCGAUCACUCGAAUAAUCUCGCUUUCCUGUUGGAGAACCUUGGAAAAUUGUACAACGCUGGAGGCCUGCCGCAACUGUCCAAGUUGUAUCCACCUGUUACUUACCCGGUCGGUCGUGGCACGCCGAUGCUCAAUUCUCUCGUGCAGUGGGAUCAUUCCGUGGAAUGGAACGUAGCUAAUUUCGGAUCGAAAGCAGUUUCCUCUGGAGAAAUGGUGAUCGAGGUAGACUUAGCCAAGGAAAACGACGCUUUCAUCGCUGGACACGUGAUCGACGGAAGAGUACUCUUCCCCGCUACUGGAUAUUUAGUGCUGGUCUGGAAGACAUUCGCGAAACUUCGAGGGGUCGAUUAUGAGAAGAUGCCGGUCACUUUUGAGAACGUCAAGUUCCAGAGAGCCACCAUCAUGCCGAAAGAAGGCUCUGUGAAAUUCUUGAUCAACAUCUUCAUCGGAACUGGAGAGUUCGAGAUCUGCGAGAACGGAUCCGUGGCUGUAUCUGGUACCAUCUCUGUGCCGGAGAACGUUGACAAGAUGCUGUUGAACCUGCCUGUACCUAUUGUUAAAAACGAACGCGAUUUAUUGGAGCUGAACAAGAACGACAUUUAUAAGGAGCUGAGAUUGAGGGGAUACGAUUACACUGGCGUAUUCCAAGGAAUAAAAUCUGCUCAUAAUCGCGGCCAGGUUGGCAAGCUCCUUUGGAAUAAUUGGAUCGCAUUUAUGGAUACCAUGCUUCAGUUCUCUAUCCUUGAGAAGGAUUCCAGAGGAUUGUACGUGCCAGUUCGUUUGCAGUACGCCGCUAUUAACCCAAUGGCUCAUUUGGAAUUCGUAGAAAAUUACAAUCAAGAAGAAGGCGUUCCUGUGUUCUCUUAUUCGAACAUCGGCGUCGUUAAAUCUGGCGGUAUUGAGAUUAGAAAGAUGAAGGCUUCAUUGGUUGGCAAGAAACAGCAGCCUCAGACGCCUAAAUAUGAAAGGCAGAUAUUCGUACCGUACGAAAAUAUGCAACCCCUGGUGCAAGAUCCUGAAAAGGCUAGACUGAAUGCUCUGACCGUGCUCCUGCAAAUCGUGCGUGAGAACACGCCUGGAAUUAAAAUCAAAGUGGUCGAGGCUGGUGGUGAACGACCCGUGGAAUCUUUACUGACUUCGAAUAUACUGGAUAUCUUUUAUGGCGAACCUCUCCUCACUGUCGAUUUGCAAGUGGCUACGUCAGGGUCGGUCGAUGAUUAUAGCAGCUUGGAACCAUUGGGAGUCAAGGUCGUAUCGCGUGACGAAGAGGUCGCACCUGUUGGUCAAGAAUUACAUCUCGUCGUGGCCGGCAAUUUGUUGUCCACCAACGCGACGAAUUCUUUGGUGAACCUGACCAACAGCUUGAAGGUCGGAGGUUUUCUGCUGCUGGAAGAAACGACUUCGUCUACCAGUGUUCCGACGAAUGAAUUGGUCUUCGUUGCCAAGCAAGUCGUGGUCGGAAGAACUUACUUGCUGUACAAGAAGGUCGAAGAAAUGUCGUCGCCUACGAUCUUGCAAAUAACCGAGAAGAACUUCAAAUGGCUCGAAGGUGUCAAAGCAGCUUUGAAAAAAGCCGCGUCUGAGAAUCAGGAACUUCUGCUGGUCAGCCAGGGCGAGGAGUUGCUCGGUAUGACUGGAUUCAUGAACUGUCUUCGCCGCGAGGAGGGCGGCACGAAGGCCCGUUACGUCUUCAUCCAAGACAAGAACGCCCCUAAGUUCAACCUGAACGAUAAAUUCUACGCUCAACAACUGAACAAGCAGCUGGUAGCUAACGUCCUCAAAGGUGGAAACUGGGGAAGCUACAGACACUUGCCACUGGAUCAACAAAACGCAGCGUCGUCUCUUCAAGUCGAGCACGCUUACAUCAACGCAUUGGUCAGAGGCGACCUGAGCAGCUUAAGAUGGAUCGAAAGUCCACUUAGCUACUACCAACCAGAAAAAUCGUCGACCACAGAACUCUGCUCUGUCUACUACGCCCCGUUGAACUUCCGAGACAUCAUGUUAGCCAGUGGAAAACUGCCUCCAGACGCUCUGCCCGGAAAUCUAGCGAACCAAGACUGUAUCUUAGGUCUCGAGUUCUCCGGACGGAAUUCAAAGGGACAGAGGAUCAUGGCCAUGGUCCCAGCACGCGGUUUGGCGACCACGGUCGUAGCCGACACCGGAUUCAUGUGGUCCGUGCCUGAUAAAUGGACUCUAGAGGAAGCCUCGACGGUCCCAGUCGCUUAUGCUACCAGUUACUACGCUCUGUGCGUUCGUGGAGGCCUGAGACCCGGCGAGAGCGUCUUGAUCCACGCUGGUAGCGGUGGUGUGGGCCAAGCCAGUAUCUCCAUAGCUCUUCACGCGGGCUGCCAGGUAUUCACCACCGUCGGAACGCAAGAGAAACGAGACUUCUUGAAGAAAAUGUUCCCUCAAUUGACCGACAGUAAUAUCGGCAACUCUCGCGACACCAGCUUCGAACAACUGAUCAUGAACGAGACCAACGGACGUGGUGUAGAUCUAGUAUUGAACUCCUUGGCCGAAGAGAAGCUCCAAGCCAGUGUCAGAUGUCUAGCCAUCGGUGGUCGCUUCCUCGAAAUCGGCAAAUACGAUCUGUCUAACGAUUCGCCUUUGGGAAUGGCCGUAUUCUUGAAGAACGCUUCAUUCCACGGAAUUCUUCUAGACGCUAUCUGCGAAGACGAUGGGCCGGACAGAAGAGAAGUCGUCAGGCUCGUUAGCGAAGGAAUCAAGAGCGGUGCCGUCCGUCCGCUUCCUUCCACGGUGUUCACUGAGCAACAGAUCGAACAGUCGUUCAGAUUCAUGGCCACUGGUAAACACAUCGGCAAAGUUCUGUUGAAGAUCCGCGACGAAGAGAAGCAGAAGGUCGUUCAACCGCAGCCGAAAGUAGUCGCCGCUAUCCCGCGGACGUACAUGAAUCCGGAUAAAUCGUACAUACUGGUCGGAGGUCUCGGUGGUUUCGGUAUGGAGCUCGCAGACUGGAUGAUCACUCGUGGAGCGAAAUACUUGGUCCUCACUUCAAGAUCUGGCGUACGCACCGGUUUCCAAGCUCUGUGCAUCCGUCGUUGGCGCGAGACUGGAGUCACUAUUCAAGUUUCGACGGCUGACGUGACGACGUUAGCCGGAGCGAAGCAGCUGAUUAAAGAGAGCAACGCGAUUGCUCCUGUCGGUGGCAUAUUUAAUUUAGCCGCUGUCCUGCGAGACAAUCUCAUUGAGAAACUUCAGGAAUCUGAUUUCGUAACAUCGGCGUUGCCCAAAAUCAGUGGAACUAAGAAUCUCGACGCCGUGUCGCGGGAAUUGUGCUCUUCGUUGGAUUACUUCGUCGUCUUCUCUUCGAUUUCGAGCGGAAGAGGCAACAUUGGUCAGACGAAUUACGGACUGUCGAACGCUGCCAUGGAGAGGAUCAUGGAACAGAGACAGACGAGCGGUUUGCCUGGUCUUGCUAUUCAGUGGGGAGCCAUUGGAGACGUCGGUUUGAUCUUAGAAGCACUGGGCGGUUACAACGACACCGAGAUCGGUGGUACCAUGCCACAGCGUAUACAGAGCUGUCUCGAGACGAUGGACGUGUUCCUGCAGCAACCGCACGCCGUCCUCGCUUCGUCUGUCCUCGCUGACAAACGUAAGGGUACCGAUACUACGAACAAAGUUAGCAUCGUUCAAGCCAUCGCUAACAUCUUGGGCGUAAAGAAAGUCGAGUCUAUUAAUCCUGGAAUCAGCUUGGCUGACCUCGGAAUGGACUCGCUGAUGGGCACGGAGAUUAAACAGACCCUGGAGAGAAAUUACGACGUUGUUUUAUCGGCGCAAGAGAUUCGUACGCUCACGUUUGAGAAAUUGGCGAUCCUCGACACGGGCGUGACGGAAGACACGGACUCGAAGACUCUGGCGACGGAAGAAGCCGCCGUGGAAGAAUUCCUCUUCCAGUUCGAUGGUACCGACAUCGUGCCCACGGAGUCCAUCGUCCAGUUGAACACGAAGAGCUCUAAGGGACAACCGAUAUUCUUCGUACACGCGAUCGAAGGAAUGGCGGCGCCGUUCAAGAACGUAGCCAGCCAACUGACCCGACCCGCUUGGGGAUUCCAAUGCGUGAAGAAUACUCCGCUGGAAUCCGUCUCGCAUUUGGCUAAAUUCUACGUGAAAGAGAUGCAGAAGAUUCAGAAGAAGGGGCCGUAUCAAGUCGUGGGAUACUCGUUCGGUGCUUGCGUUGCAUUCGAAAUGGCUAUUCAGUUACAGAAGACUGGGGAAUCUGUGCAUCUGACUCUACUCGAUGGCUCACCGGACUUCGUCAAGCUGCACUCCGUGGAAAUCGGAAAGCAUGCUUCCGAUCAGGAGAGCGAUAUAAUCGUCGACGGUUAUCGCAAAGCUUUGGCAUUCUUCGUCAGACAGUUCAACACGAAGAUCAGUUUCAUUCAGGCUUACGAAAUUCUGAAAGAAGUGCCGUCCGACGAUGCGGCAACGGAGAAGAUGGUAGAAAUGGUGAACAAUCCGCAACUGAAGAGUGAAGACUUGAAGGCCGCUGGAAUAUUGUUCCACCUGAAGCUGCAGGCAGCUUACUUCUACAAACCUGACGACUCGUACAACGGCGACCUGGUCCUGGUCAGGUCCAGAGAUAGCUUCGUCCCUCUGAAGAACGACUACGGUUUGGCAAAGAUCUGCAAGAAACCAGUGAAAAUCGUUGAACUGGCUGGAAACCAUAGAACCAUAUUGAUGGACGAGAGCGCGUCGGAGAUCGCGAAAAUGCUACUGACGUAAAAUCAGUUAAGGGGAAAAUGAAUCAACUUAUAAAUCAUAGAUAAACUCAAGGAAAUAGUUUGUAAUAUUAAUAAUAUGAUUACUUAAAUGUACAUAAAAUGUUGCAUAGGCACGGCCAGAGGGAACUCUCUCAGUGAUGAAAAAGGUACAUCGUCGAAACUUAAUUUUUAAUAUUUAAAUAUGAUUCCUAAUUAAUUUUCUGUAAAGUUCCUUUUGUACAAACGUUUCUUCCUUCAGAAUUCCGCGUGCAUUGUUUAUAUCAUCUGCAUUAUUAAGUUAUAUAGUCACCUUAUACUUUAAUCGUAAAUAAUAUCUUAGAUCGUGGAAUGAGAAAUAGGUGCCAAGGUAAUGGAAAAUAGUCUUAGAAUUGUUUCGUUUCUGUUUUUGUUUUUCUCUCUCCUUUUUGUUGUCCCUUGCAACAGUCUCUACUAUGGGUAUUAUUAUAAACUUUCGCAGGUCACACGUAUAAUUGUUCAUAGUGGUGCUUGCUAUAAGUCUCUGUAAUGGCACAAAACAGUGGACUAAUGUGCUAUUAUUCAGACGUAUAGCAUCGAGAUAUUCACGUAAAUAUAUUAUACGAAAUCGUUACAUUCUGCAUUUUCGUGGUAUCAUUUCGCAUCCGAAGAGACACAACAUUUUACAUCGGAGGAAUAUGUACAAAAUAAACAUUUAAUUAAUACCAGGGAUCGAACAUCUUCCCCCGUUCUUUCAAAGGGCUAGAAUAUUAAUAAUAAUAAUAAUAAUAAUAAUAAUAAUAAUAAUAAUAAAAAUGUAUUUGAAUAAAUGUAACAGAAACAUUCCAGUGAUAAACGUCAACGUAUAUUCUUUAUAUACAUAUGUGUACAUAUUUAUACAUACAUACAUACAAUAUAUACCUACGUGCUCACAGUAUGUACUGCACAUAGCAUACUUAAUGCUUUGUCGAAAGCAACACGUUUAUAUUUUCUCAUUAGCAAUAAGAGAUCAGUUUGUUAAAUAAUAGAGUAUGUACAUUUCUCGCAUUACUUUAAUUAAUCGUUAAGUACAUACAACAUGCAUUUCUUACAUAUGUCUUGUAUUAUAUUGAAAAUUAAAUAAAGAACAUCAGAUAUGUUGUCUAUUUAA